AUGAGUUCAAGUACUACUGGACCAAAGGAACAGCAGAAUUUUUUGCCACAAGGUAAAUAUCUGAAGCCCAAUGAAAUGGAAUACGAAUUUGGUGGGCCAAUUGGUGUCACUUUCAACAUGAUUUUCUAUCCCGUUCUUAUGUACUACAUGUGGUUGAGUGCCGAAUUUUACGACGGUUCGUUUGCCUUACCUAAUGCUGAUCAAUCUUGGUUAGAAUUCGGUAUUGAACUUGUAGAACUUAUCAGGAAACACGGUAAUCCAUCUUCGUAUUCAUGGACAAUCUUUCUAUCUUUCUGGGCCGCACAAAUCUUUUUCUAUUACACUUUACCUGGUGUAUGGACUAAAGGUCAACCAUUAACUCAUUUAAAAGGUAAGCAGUUACCAUAUUUUUGUAAUGCAAUGUGGACUUUUUACGUCACAAAUGCCAUAGUUCUCCUAUUACACUUUACUGGCAUUUUCAAAUUGUAUACAAUUAUUGAUUUAUUUGGUGAAAUAAUGACAUGUGCUAUUAUCUCCGGCUUCGCAUUCUCUAUUGGAUUGUACCUAUGGACAUUAUACAUUAGCGGUGACUACCACAGAAUGACUGGCAACCACUUUUAUGAUUUCUUCAUGGGUGCUCCUUUAAAUCCAAGAUGGGGCAUCCUUGAUUUGAAAAUGUUCUUCGAAGUUAGAUUACCUUGGUUUACAUUGUAUUUCAUCACACUUGGUGCAUGUUUCAAACAAUACGAAAUGUACGGCUAUGUCACACCACAGUUAGGUGUGAUUUUAUUAGCUCAUUGGUUAUAUGCAAAUGCAUGUGCCAAAGGUGAAGAAUUGAUCGUUCCAACAUGGGAUAUGGCCUAUGAAAAAUUCGGUUUCAUGCUAAUCUUUUGGAACAUUGCAGGUGUUCCAUACACUUACUGCCACUGCACUCUAUAUCUAGUUUAUCACGAUCCAUCUGAAUACAAUUUCAAUAUGGUUUACACUAUUGGGUUAUAUGUGGUGUAUUUAUUUGCUUAUUACGUUUUUGAUACUGCUAAUGCCCAAAAGAAUAUGUUUAGAAAACAAAUCGCUGGUGAUGAAAGUGUUAGAAAGACUUUCCCACAUUUCAAAUAUCAAGUGUUGAAGAAUCCAAAAUAUUUGAAAACUUCGAAUGGAUCAUAUUUAUUGAUUGAUGGAUGGUAUAAAUAUGCUAGAAAGAUUCAUUACACUGCAGAUUGGAUCCAAGCAUUGAUAUGGGGAUUGGCGUGUGGUUUUAAGUCACCAUUUCCUUGGUUUUUCCCAGUUUUCUUCUUUGUUGUCUUAACUCAUAGAGCUGUAAGAGACCAAAUUAAAUGUAAGAGAAAGUACGGCAAGGAUUGGGAUGAAUACUUGAAACAUUGUCCAUACUUAUUUAUCCCAUUUUUAUUCUAA